AUGAGUAUAUUCACACUGAACACCACGCCUCGAGCAUCGUUGUGCGUCUUUGAGAUCCUGUCGGGGCAUGGGUGCUUUGGCAGGUAUCUGUGGAAGGUAUCUCGGAGGGAACCCACACCCGUUUGCCAUCAAUGUGGCGCGGAGGAAGACACCGCGCAACACACACUUGAAGACUGUCCAAGGUGGACAAUUGCGCGUCAAGCUUUGACGGCAGUUAUCGGUGCAGACCUCACGCUACCAUCCGUCGUCAGAAGGAUGGUAAAUGAUGAACAAUCUUGGGAGGCGAUGGUGUCCUUUUCCGAGCAGAUUAUGCAACUAAAAGAGGCUGAGGAACGGGACCGGGAGUCGGAUCCAACUUCAAAUCCACUCCGAAGAAAACGGGGCCGACAGCGAAAUCGCAGUCAGUCUUCUCAAGAGGGGCCUUAA